CAACACAUUAAAGUCAAAGUGAUAACGAGUCGGAAUUCUGCUACUUUAAUGUCAUUAGCUAAUGUACUAGCUUCACAACGUGUUGAGAACAGAACACGAUCAGUCACGGGUCAGGGAGUGCAAUAACUUUUGAGUGUCAAACAAUUCCGUCAUAAAUCGGGUCAAAUGUAACGGAAAAACAGCAAGUUAUACCAAAUCAUGUGCAAUAGUGACUGUUUGAUGUUAUGGAGAGAUUGAAGUGAGAUAAUGUUUGUAAUUAGUGAUUACUAGACUUGUGUAAUAGUGACAAUGUCCGGAGCGAACAAGGUACCGCCCGAUGGAGGUUACGGAUGGGUGAUCACAUUAGCAUAUGCUCUAAACAAUGUAGUAGUUCUCCCCCUGAUUGCCGGUUUUGGGCUGGUCUUCCAAGAAGCUUUCUCUGACACGGGCUUGUCGGCGACCCAGGGAACACUCAUCAUCACACUGAACCAUGGCAUCGGGAUGUUACUCUCGUUCUUCAGUGGACCUGUGCUCAGGAGGUUCAGCUAUAGGAAGGUGGCCGUUACUGGAGCCUUGCUCAUCGCAAUCGGCCUCAUAAUAACGGCAUUUGCAUCCAAUUUCUGGUUGUUUAUAUUGUCUUACAGUAUUAUUAAUUCAAUGGGUAUCGCUGCAGUGAUGGCAGCAUUCGCAUUAGCAAUAAACUCAUUCUUCAAAGAGAAAAGAGCAAGGGCAAUAGGGGCAGCAAUGUCUCUGACAGGACUGGGAGCGAUCUUGAUGCCUCUUCUUAUGAGUGCAUUAAUGAGUGCGUACGGCUGGAGAUACGCCGUCCUUAUUCUAGGAGCAAUUUGCCUACAUUCCUUAGUAGGAGCGUGUUUACUUAGACCAGCGAAAUGGUACUUAAAAGAACCUGUAGUUGAACAAGAGUUAGAACCCUUGAAUAAGGAUGUGGAAUUAAUCAAUGGAAGUGUCACCACUUCAUCUAAAGCAAAUGGAAUAUCAUCUCUACCACGUCUCGAAGAAUCUAUAGAGAAUGGUAUACCGGCUCCGAAGAGUAUAUCCAUGAGAUCACUCUCGAGCUCUGCAAGUCUCGAAACCAGAAACGCCAUAUCGCACCCUGACAUUCGCAGGAAGUCCCCAGAACCGCCUCUAUCAGAGUCUCGAUACAAAUGGUGGGAAUCUCAGGAAAUUAAUCUUGGCAGCUCAAUCAAUAUAUUCAACGAACCUGAACUCAAAAAGAAAGAAAAGGAAAUCACCCACAAAGAAAAAGAUGAAAAUGAAAACAAGACGUUAUUCCAAAAAUUCGUAGCUUUCUUUGAUCUGACUCUUUUGACCGACCCUAUAUUCGUGAAUAUUCUCGUUGGUCUAUCCUUAGCUUCGUGUGUCGAAACUAACUUCUCUCUUCUACUUCCUAUAAUCCUAAACGACAUGAUGAAGUUCCAAACUGAAGAUAUUGCGAAGAUAAUGGCUGUGAUAGGAUUUUCGGACACAUUGUUUAGAUUUGUGUCACCUUUUAUUGGAGAAUGGUGCAAUAAACCUCCAAGAGUUAUGUAUUUGAUAAGUUUGCUACUUGUCAUCUUUACCAGGACGAUGAUGCUGUUCACCUCGUCAUUCGUGGGCAUGCUGCUUGUGGCUCUCGCGCUGGGCAUCACGAAAGGCGUGCGGACAGUAUACAUGAACAUUGUAAUACCCAACCAUGUGCCCUUGGAGCGACUGCCCUUCGCUUCCGGGAUUCAAAUGUUCUUCAACGGAAUCAUCAUUAUUACUAUUGGGUCUUUGCUAGGUCGACUGCGUGAGGCAUCAGGCUCAUACCAAAUUCCCAUUAUAGUGCUCAACGUCGUUACCAUGGUAACCGUCGUCCUAUGGUGCACUGAGUUCAUGUACUUCAGAAUGAAGAAUAGAAACGUUGCAGAAAAUACUGGAAAUGUUUAAAGAAGACGAUUUUAUCGUCUUAUUAUAAUAAUGACUUUAUACUUGUGAUCAGUAUGUGAUAAUUAAUGUGGAGCAAGGAUUAGUUUUCAUAUUUGUUCAAUUUAAAAUUAAUGUAUGAAAUUAGUGCCAAUGAAACGAAUAUAGAUUUAAUUAUGAAGAAAUUGUGACCAAAUACCGAUCCAAAGAAAAAUUUUGACCUGUUCGCCAUGAAAUUAUAUUAUAAGUAUACUUACUCCAUUAAAUAUAGCUUGCUUAAUUAGACCGCCGAUAGCUUGUGUUCUUUCUAACAUAGUGGACAAUUGUUAAGGACGAAUAGGCUGAUCCCUUGUCGUCUUAAGGUUCAUGGUAUCCAUCUUAGGACUUCACUUGUUAGGCUUAACGGCGUCCGUGAUCCAGUGGUUGAGCGUUGUGCUCACGAUACGGAGGUCCCGGGUUCGAAUCCCGGUGGGGACAAAUCACAAAAAUCAGUUUCUGAUCCCUAGUUUGGUUAGGACAUUACAGGCUGAUCACCUGAUUGGCCAAAAGUAAGAUGACCCGUUCUUCGGAAGGCACAGUACCUAAGCCGUUGGUCCCGGUUACGACUUACUGAUAUGUAAGUACGUAGUCGUUACAUGAAUCAUGUGAGGGGCCUAUGGCGGGUCAAUAAUAACCCUGACAUCAGGGUUGAUGAGGUUGGUGAUUCGCCUCACGACCCACACGAUAGAAGAAGAAGAUGGUUGGUAAUCUACCUCACAACCCACACGAUAGAAGGACUUGUGGCUUUGCUCACCCUCUGGAUCUAGGGCGUGAGUUUAUGUAUGUACGUAAUUGACAACAGGACAGACGAAAGAGACAGGUCAGGAAAAUGUUCUGACAGCUGUCAUAUUAAUCAAACUAUAUUUAUGGAAGCAUAGUAAACUGUUAAAGUCGGGUAAAGUUUAGACAAUUCCACUUUAUUUACAAAUCUGGGUCAUAUUUACAAUGUAUAAAGAUAUUAUAUAACUUAUUUGUAAAUACAAGUCUGAGGCUUAUUACAUUGCAGAUACAAAGCUAAUCUUAAAUUAUAUAGGUAAAACUUAAUUAGGUAAAGUAAAUUGUGUACAAAUUGUUAAGGCAUUUGGCAAAUAAACAAAUAUUUCGAAGUC